UAUUUGUGUCUGCAACUGUUCCAGCACAAUGAUGCAUAUUCUGCCACUAAAGCUGAAGGAGAGGCGCUGGUCAUCAAGUCAAAUGGUAGUAAUGGGCUUCUAACAUGCUGCAUCUGUCCUAGCAGCAUUUUCUGUCCUGGUGAUAAAUUGCUUGUUCCAUCAUUGGUAUCUGCUGCGAGGGCAGGGAAAUCGAAGUUUCUCAUUGGUAAUGGCAAGAACAUGUACGAUUUCACUUAUGUUGAAAACGUGGCACAUGCCCACAUAUGUGCUGAACGAGCUCUUGCAUCGUAGGCGACAGUUGCAGAGAGAACUGCAGGGGAGGUCAUAUUUAAAUUCAUUUUUUAAGUUCUG